UCAUUUCUUUCGGGAUUCGCGGAAGAGUAACACGCUUGGUGCGAUUUUCACUGCGCAACUAUCCAUACUAAUUGGUAAACUAAAUCGUCAAAUAACAUGGCAGACAAAUCAGGUGCUCCCAUAUUACCCACGAAAGCUGCAGAAGAUGUGGACAUGGUUGGUGCAGAAGAAGUGGAACUAAACCAGGAAAUGCGUUAUAUUUUAGUAGACGACACAUGUUGUCUAAAUGAUGAUCCAAGUCGUUCCGUAAGUAGAAGUAGUUCGGAAACUGACGAAGAUGAAAGGCCGCUUCAGGAACAGCUAGGCUCAUGGGUGAAAUCAUCCGGACUUACCCAAGACAAGCUGAACGAACUUCUGGACAUAAUUCACCAGAAAACUACUGCUGAUGUUGCUCGGGCAAAUGGCGUCAGUUUGAUAGAGCAUACCGGUAUAGAGGAUGGACAAAUUUGGUAUCCGGGUGUGCAAAAGACCCUUCAAUGGUAUUUUCGUCAUGCACGGCCAACUGUCGACGUAUUAGAAAUAGACCUCUCAUUGGAAGCCGUAACCAUGCAUAGCAAAGACAACGCCGGACUGUGGCCCAUCUUGGUGCAGGUUCUAUCGCUCCCAGAAAAGCCGAUAUUAGUUGUUGGCAUAUUUUACGGUUCGCCCUUGCCAGCCAACUGCGAAAGCUUUCUUCGGCCGUUAGUGUCCGAGUUGAAUAGACUUUUCGAGACGGGAGUGCCGAUUAGUUUCACAAUUCCUUUUCUACACCGCCGAGAGAAUACUUUCCAAAAGUUCGUUCCUAUUCGCCUACGUUCCAUCAUCGCCGACGCACCAGCGCGAGCGUUCAUGAACGGUAUUGCCUACAGCAAUGCUGCACGGCAAUGUUACAAAUGCACAAGCAUUGGUAAGUUCAUCAAAGAGGAUGUGAAAGUAAUCUUACCAGGUGUCAAAGGAGUCCAGCGAACAGCCGAACAGUUCCGGAACAGGGCAUACGGUGCAAAUUACACGCCGUCAACGCCUUUGCUCGAUUUAGCCCGCUUCAAUCUGAUCGAAGACGUAGUGAUUGGAGAUGAAUUUGGUGUGAUGCGCAAGUUAUUGAAAGGCUAUGUGGAGAAUGAUAUGGAGCCAACGUACCCAGGUUGGUCGGAGGAACUGGAGAAAAGAAUGAGUCGAAAGUUAUGCGCCAUAAAAUUCCCAUCCGAGGUGGGAAGAACUUUGCGCCCGUUCAAGUAUGCGCCGUAUUGGUCUGGGCCAGAAUUGCACACAUUCUUGUACCACGCAAGCAUGGCCGUUUUAAAAGACAAGAUGGAGCCUAACGUGUACCAGCACUUUACACUGUACUAUUGCGGAAUGACACUCCUGUCAUCGAAAGUGUAUAAGAAGCAUUGGGAGUACGCGGGGAAGCUAUUGGAAAAGUUUGUCCAACAGUUCGACGAAGUGUACAAAUCCCAUCUUACCAACACCGUACACAACCUGCUGCAUUACGCACCCGAGGUGCUCAAAUUCGGGCCAAACAACCGGUACGCUUUCCAGAGUAAGCUUCGGCACAUCAGAGGUAUUGCCUACACGGUUCGAAAACCGUUGGAAAAAGUGGUUCGUAAACUGGUAGAAGAAAGCGCAUUGGAAGCUGUGUGUGAAGAUUCUGACGAUGAUGAAUUCGAACAGCCAGAGUACCCCCGAAUUGUCGUUUCCCAGGAGGAAGGAGUAGUGUUGCAGGUCAAUGCAAAUUUUAUGCUGCAACGAGGGGUGCGAGAUGGAUGGUUCCUAACAAAAGAGAACGUCAUAGUUUACUACACCACAGCAUCAGUGCAGGACGAAAGAAUCGUUAUUCAGGGCCGACCGAUGGUAAAACAAUCACCUACGUUCUCGUACCCGCGCUCGUCGGCAAUUAUUCAAAACUUUAAGGCAUCCGCGUCCGACCUAUCCUCCAAUGCCAUCUCGGUUAAACUGCCCGAUAUCAAAUGUAAACUAGCUGCAGCAAUAACCAACAAGGAGCGGCGCGAUAUAUACUUUAGUCCGGUGCUGCAGACAUUAGGCCACGAUACCAUUAAACUCGAGGCACUCCUCAAGAGUAUGGCCGAUGAAAAACAGAAACAACCUAAGCAGGCAGCACAACAAAAAUAAUAAUAAUCGUUUUGCAUCAGAAGAAAGAGAACCCCAUCUAUGUGGUAGCUGUGAUCAGAAUCAGCUCGAAUUCUCCCGAUUUUUUGAAGUGCAAAAAAAGGUUCAGUAGAGAUCAGAACUUCGGGAAGCAAGAAAUUAAUACGGAAGAUACUUAAAAAGUUUAAACUAAAAAGGGAUAAACGAAUUUUUCGCACUUACGAAGUGUGCUAUCAGAUUUUUUUUGUAAUAGAUGCAGCAUUUUAUUAGAAGGACGAAUUAAUAAUAAGAUGGUAAAUUUGAUAGACUGCGUCGAGCACUGGCACUGAAACAUAUCUUUGAGACGAACGAAAAUGGAUUCCAGGUGGCAUAGAAUUCAGGAGGCAUUGAUUUUCGAAGUCAUGUAGAAGUCAUGAUCAUAAUCAGCUUUGAUUUACUUAAACUUGAAAACAGAAUGAAAUUUAUUGAGUAGUAAAGCAGAUUGAUUCAGCUUUUGAGAGUAGAGUCCAAGACAGUUUUUUCUUUAUCAAAUUUAAUCAUAUUGCGGUAUUUGCAUAGAAUUACACUGCAUUUUCUAAUAACAUUGAAGCAUUGUUUUCAAUAAACAGAAUGAAAUGAAAUGAAAUGGAUAGCGGAACAGUAGUAGAACAGAAGAUCGAUUCAGAUUUGGGAAAGUAGAGUCCAAGGCAUUUUUGUUUCUUUAUCAAAGUUUAUUAUGUAUCGGCAUCUGCAUAUCGAAUUACACUGCAUUUUCUAAUAAAAAUGAAACCAAGUUUUCAAGAAUUUCUAA